AUGGAGCAAAAAAAGGACAAAAAAUAUUGUGCGUCCCGUGCUAACACGGCGCAAGUCAAGUACACUGAUAAAUCAGAGCAUUCAGGUGGCGUGUCGACUUGGAGCGAGUGGACAGAACAUUCUAAAGAGCAAAACUACGUUUUACGGAGGCAACGUAACGUGACAUCGCUUCAAGAGAACGCGACAACUGAAGCUGACAAUUUGGAGGUCACUGAUCUAUCAGAGUCGGAAAUUGUAGACGCCAUGAAUUUUGAUGUGGAAGUUUAUAGUACAAUAUCAUUUCACUAUUUAAAUUCACAGAACGUAAAUCCAGAAAAUGUGAAAUUUCAACCGAUAAAUCAAACAAUGGAGAGGUGCUACGAUGACUAUAUUAGAUGUAUACUCACACAACCAGUUAGAGAGCAAGUUUGCGCUGCAAAUGAACCGAAUAAGGGCUACGGUUACAACACAUUGGAUUCAAUUUGCGAUGCAUACUUCGAUAACUGCAGAAGAGGAAUCAGAUUUUGGAGAAUUGUCAAGGAUGGAGCGUGUGAUUAUAAAAGUAAAAAUACACAUACUGUGUAUUCCUUUGGAAGACGAUAAAAGGUGACAAGAAGGUGUUAUGGUGGUUAUUUUCAUUCUUCAUACAAAAUUAAAAUGUUUUUUUGUUAAUUGUAUAAUUAUUAUUUUAAGAUCAACAUUUAGUUGCUGGUCACAGUCACAACACUACUAACACUAUUGAAUUCAAAUUUGGAAUUUAUUAACAUAUUGCAAAGGAAAUAAUUGAAAAAAUAUUUUUGUUUUCUUUGCUAGGAGGAAAAUUUUAAAAUGGAUUUCUUGGUCAAAAUAGGGUAUCAUAAUUAACUAUUGUUAUAAUUAUUAUUAUAUUACAUAAUAUAAUUUUAUUUUAUGUAUAUUUAAAUUAAAUAUUUUUUAUUUAAAAUGAAACAAUAACCUAUUUAGAUACUCUAUUAUGUGUGGAACCUUCGGCGUGUAAGUUCACUCACAUUUGAACGGUUUUAUUUAAUAUAUAAACUAUUUUAUGUGUUGUAUCUGUUUUGAUAUCGUUCGUGUACGAUAUUCAUUUUGGUAAAUAUAUUAUUUAUUCAAGAACUCGAUUCAAUUCAAAUUCCUUACAACUACCAUACAUUUCUAAUAUGUUUUGUGCCUUAA